UGUGUGAGUGACGCAUUUACAUGUGCAUGCAUGGAGUUUUUGGGACAUUUUAUUUUGCUGAUUUUCAUUUUAAUCAAGCAAUAAGAAACCCAGCAUGUCAAACCGUGAAACAUCUCAACAAAAUACACAAAUGCAUUAAAAUAAAAAAGAAGUAUAUUUUAAAAAUAUGCAACACACCUUUUAUGAAAUAAUUCUUGUCAGUUUUCUGCACAUUUCAUCACAAGACCACAUUUAGAGUGAGAUAUCCAACUAUUCACAAUUCCCAGAGUGACUCUAACCUGCAGAAUCUGAUCCCUAAUCCGGAGAGUCGAGGUGGGCGGGCCUCCUUCCUUUUACUUUAGGAGGCUCAGUAUUCUGCCAGUCAGAGACAAAAGCAGUGGCAUUUCAUUCAUAUUGUGUAAGAUGAGUUUUCUUCAGCAACUACUCCCACUGGUGCUGAGUGGAGAGGGAUUAAAUGGGAUCUCAAACCUUUUUAGUUUUGGAAGUGCCUGUCCAUUACUGACAGAUGGAGGGCAAGGUGAAGAUAAAGGGUUUCAUUUGUGUGCCAAGCGCAUCAGAGCCUCUCAUACGUACAUACGUGUCAGAAUCACCUUUUAUUGGUCAAGUAUGUGCACACAAAAACAGAGAAAGUACCAGAGAGCCUCCGUCUUCUGUGUUCUGUAUGUGCUCUUUUACUAAAUAUUCAGUAUUUGAGAUUUACUUCUGGUGCUAUUUGCUCUGUUUCACUUCCCCGGCUUGCUGGCCUCCUUCUUUGUUUCUCUUUUCUCACAAUCUCUCAGUUUGUACAGUACUUUGUGCGGCUCUGUGUGUUUCAGCUCGGUCUCAGUGGGCCGACUGUACCGUUCUCUGUUUGCUCUCGCUAGUUGAAGUCCCGCAGGCAAACAGUGUCUGGUCUCUCUGGGGUCUGGGACGGUGCUGCAGCCGAGCUACACCUCUACAGUUUCACCGUAGACUCGUGUUACCACAGAGUGUCUGGGUAGUGAUGUUGUGUGAGAUAUAGAGGAGGGGGGGGGGGGUAGGUGUUUAUGUGUGUGUGUGCAUGUUGGCCAGGGAUCCAGUGUGGACUCGAGAUGCAUUUUUUGUUUUGUAAGAGCAAACAGAGUGCACGCAGAUCAAUAAAAAAAAAGUCCCAUAGCUCGACACACACGGUGAGGAUCGGCCCUCACAAGGAGAGACUAGAUCACACAUUACAGUAGGUGUGAGAGGAAGAGCAGCAGACCCUCGUAAAAACAGAGAUGCAUCCCUUUACUGGGCAAGGAAGACCUCCAAGUCAUUCAAAUGCAGGCUUGUGUCCGGACGAAGUUGCGUGUACGCAUUUUUCAAUUUAAUCUAACUCCCUCUACCUAGGCAACUCCAAAUAUUCUGUGGCACUUGAAAUUGCUCCCCUCAGCUGGUGGUGGCAGACGGAUUGAAGGAGAGAGGAGAGAGGAGGAGGGGAGGACAGAGCGAUUAGGAGACUCGAGGUGUGCUUUAACCCACUUAGCACACCAUCUCAGGGUCUCCUGCCUAAACGAGUAAAAUACUGAGCCUUCCCUUUCUGCAUCGUGACGUCACACCUCACCUGCUUUACCUGCACACGGCACAGCUGAAGGGAGAACAAGAGCUGCGGUAGACUGAAAAUAGUCGGAGGAAGAAGACGACCAGUGCUGACUCUAAACUGGUCCUCAAUGGACCAGUGAAAUCUUUUCCACCCUGCCAGUUAAAGGCAAUGUUUUUGGGAGCUGGAGGCCGUAGCACCGUCAGCAGAGUGUGUGUGGGGGCCCAUCCUCUUCCUGUUUCCCAGCACCCCUCCUGACAUGGGAUGCCAGCCUCGUGCCUCCCUGCCCUGAGCUCUCCUGGGGCGUCAUGAACAGCUACAGAGACCGAGGGGUCACUUGCACCUCCUCAGACCUCCUGGAUGGAGGAGGAGGGUUCCCCCAGCACACUCUGUUUCGUCACACCCCAAAUGGCCACCCAGCUCCCGGCCACACAGACCCGUUCAUCCAACCACGCGUCUCCGUGCCCAAAAUGGGUGUUAGGGCGCGGAUUGCAGAGUGGCCUCCGCGCCGCACGCAGUCCAGGGAGUCGCUGCUUGAAAACGGGCAAAUGGGCGGCUUUCACCACGGAGAUGACGCAUCAAUGUCCUCGUUUUUGUCGUCCGACAUCGGUCUUGUGCGGGGAGGAGUUACCAGGUUGCCACGGCGGCGGUCCAAGGAUGUAGAGUUCAGAGGAGGAGGGUUUAGCGUCGAAAGAAGCUUCCCGUUCAGCCUGAGAGCAUUCCCUCCACUGAGACAGCGCUCGAACAGCGAGGUGACGCUCAGCGAACAGGACGAGAAUGAGGUGGAGGUUCGUGGAGGUUGCGGGAUGGGUAACCUGUUCAGAGAGUAUGGCAGCACCUCCUCCAUCGACAUCCAGGGCAUUCCUGAACAGAGUUUCUUCGACAUGCUCAGCCAGUUUCACCAGGAGAGGCCCGACCAGCGCAGCUCAGCACCCGUACGCCUCGGGGAGCUGCUGCACGCUCCAGACGCUCCCUCGCCUGGUCCGUCAGGUGGGGGAAGAAAGGACGGAGCCGAGAGAGUCAGGAAGAAGAGUGGAGGGACGGAGUCGUCGCUGGGCACCUCCUCUUUGUUCAGGAAACUCAGGAGCUCGAGUCGCGGCGACCUGGAUGGAGGGAAGGGAGAGACUAGUGAGGACGGGGGAGGCAGGGGUUCAGCAGACGCCUCCUACAAACCGUGGGUGUGCCCAAAGAGCUUCGUCCACUUCGACGCUCAGAGUAUCUUGUUUGACCUCCACGAGGCGGCGGCUCAGCGGGGCUACGCCGUCCAGAGGAGGAACACCGCCACGGGGGCCUCAGCCGCGUCAGUGUCCCUGUCCGCCUCCAGAUCCUCAGCUCCGAGUGUGAACGACCCGGUUUACUCCAGCAUAGAGGAUCUGACCCUGAGCCUCGAGCCCGGCUCCAUGACACCUUCCCUGUGCGUGGACCCACUGGACGGGCCUCCCGGAGCCCACAACUCGAGCCCACUGCUCCUCUGCUGCCCGCACUUCCUCAAUGAGACCGGAGGCCACGGGGAGCGCAACAUCAGCUUCCUCAGCUCGUCAGCGGAGCGAGACGGAGGAGGAGACGGGACGAGGGGUUGGCUGAGGAGGAGCAACGCCAGCGUCUCGGUGCUGGAGGUGCCUAUUGAACAGCAGGUCACGAGACUGGACAGACUGAAACUGUACGGCGUCGAGCAUGUGGACCUGGGGGCCCGGUACUACAGAGACUACUUCCAUGGGAAAGAGCACUCAAACUACUUUGGGACAGACGAUAAAAUGGGCGCUGUGGCCCUGAGCAUCCGCAGGGAGAAGCUGGAAGACACCAAAGACCUGAAAGACCAGUACCAGUACCGCCUUAUCGUCAGAACAAGUGAGCUUGUGACCCUGCGAGGCUCCAUUUUAGAGGAUGCGGUGGCGUCCACGGGGAGGCACGGCACCGUGCGCGGUCUGCCGCUCAAGGAGGUCCUGGAGCAGGUGGUCCCUGAGCUCAGCGUCUCCUGUUUGAGGCUGGCGCUCAGCACGCCCAAAGUCACCGAGCAGCUCCUCAAACUGGACGAACAGGGGUUGAGUCAGAAGCACAAGGUGGGUGUUCUGCUGUGCCGUGCGGGCCAGAGCACCGAGGAGGAGAUGUACAACAACGAGGAGGCGUCACCCGCCUUCUCUGCCUUCCUGGAGCUGCUGGGGGAGCAGGUCCUUCUCAAAGGAUUCACCAAAUACGCUGCACAGCUGGACACAAAGACGGACUCUACGGGCACCCACUCCCUGUACACCACCUACCAGGACUACGAGGUCAUGUUCCACGUGUCCACCAUGCUGCCGUACAUGCCCAACAACCCACAGCAGCUCCUGAGAAAGAGGCACAUAGGGAACGACAUCGUCACCAUCAUCUUCCAAGAGCCGGGAGCGCUGCCUUUCACCCCGCAGAAUAUCCGCUCACACUUCCAGCAUGUCUUUGUUAUUGUCCGUGUGCACAACCCCUGCUCUGAAGGCACCUGUUACAGCGUUGCUGUGACACGAAUGAAGGAUGUGCCCCCUUUCGGCCCACCCAUCCCCAGCGGCAUCACCUUCCGGGACCCAGCAACCUUUCGGAACUUCCUUCUAGCCAAAGUCAUCAAUGCAGAAACUGCUGCGCACAAGUCGGAGAAGUUCCACACCAUGGCGACGCGAACGCGGCAGGAGUACCUGCGCGACCUGGCUGAGAAUUACGUCAGCAGCACGCCGCUCGACUCAGCCGGCAAGCUCAACAACCUCAUCUCCCUCGCGUCUAAAAAGCGGGAACGCUCCAAGGCGAGAGAGGGCGCGGAGCUGGGAGCGGCGGGGGCCAUCGCCUGGAGGGUCCAGGCCCAGGACUUCAGCGGAGGUGGGACGGAGCUGCCCUGUGCCUUGGGUUUGUCGGCCGAAUACGUCCUCCUCACAGACUGCUCCACCAAAGAGGUGGUGUUCAACUGUUUCUGUGCGGACGUGAUCGGCUGGACACCGGAGCGGUUGACGCUGAAGAUCUUCUACGGUAGAGGAGACCACAUCGCCGUGCGGGUCCCGGAAGGCUGUGCACCGGACAUCAGGGAGGUGGUGCAGAGGUUAAAGUCCUUGACGGUGGGGUGUGAGACGGUGGACAUGACUCUGAGAAGAAACGGACUGGGACAACUGGGCUUCCAUGUCCGCCUGGACGGCACUGUGGCUGAGGUGGAGGAAUACGGCUUUGCCUGGCAGGCAGGACUGAGACAGGGCAGUCGGUUGGUGGAGAUCUGCAAGGUGGCCGCGGUGACGCUGACUCACGAGCAGAUGAUCGACCUGCUGAGGACGUCGGUCACGGUCAAAGUCAUCAUCAUCCCUCCGUACGAAGAGGGGGGGCCUCGCAGGGGCUGCACAGAGGAGUAUGAGAUGAAGACCAUGGAGCAGAAGCCAGAACCUGAGCCCCUGGCGGCCGGCUACCGGCCCUCCCCUCGCCCGAUGUGGCGAUGGGACAGCCCACCCAUUCCUCCAGGGCUCCACAGUGUCCCCAACCAACAGCGCUGGGCCCCCAUGGGUCCCCCUCCUCCUCCACUGCCCCGCUCACACAAGACCCUGAUGCCUGUGCCCUACAGGGAGCCCCAGCACCUCAACUCUAAGAGGCCAGUGAGCUACCCAGAGAACCACUACAGUCUGUCUCCUGCAGGAGGCGACAGAGUGCUGCCCUACAGAAACCCCUCUGCCAGCUUCUCCUCACCCUCCUCCGGCCUAGUCGGCCUCUCCAUGAUGGGGCCGCCUGGAAUCACACCAGGCCCCUUCAUACGCUACAAACCCUCCCCGGACAGAUAUGGAGCAGGACAGCGCCCCCUGCUGCCCUAUGAGCCCCAUUUCAGUGUGGACGUCACCUCCAGUGGAGAGUCUUCCUCAGGCUUCACCAGUCAGGAAAGCACCAUGGAGCGCUGCAAAACAGAACCCCUCUGGCAUGUCCCAGUGCCGUCGUCUCGGGGUCCUGGGGGUGGAGGGGGGCAGAGGAGACCAACCAGACAGGAUGUCCCGGGGAAAGACUCUCCAAACAGACACUCGAAGGGCGAGACUCCGUACUCCAGCCACUCCAGCAGUAACACUCUGUCCAGUAACGCCUCCAGCAGCCACAGCGACGAGCGCUGGUUCGAUGGAGGAGCCGGAGGAGAGCGAGGAGGCGACCCGGUGGACCCUGACCCCGACCUUCUCAACAAGGGGGGGUCCAACGACAGUGGGAUCGACGCCUCAACCCACUACAACAACAAUCGGCAGGGAAACAUGUCCAACAGCCAGUCCCACAAGCCCAUGCACUCCUUUGCGCCCUACAGCGGCAUCCAGGAGCUGUCCGUGGGAAACGGCAGCGGCAGCAGCGGAGAGGCGAGGAGACGAGAGUCCUCGCCCAUCAUAGCAGCUUCAGCUAAUCAGAACAAAGGGUACCGCACCAGGACAUUCCCGCCUCCGGGCUCCAGCGCCGAGAAAAUGGAUGCUUUCAAGCCCAGGGCCUACACACCGCAGGGUUACAAGACUCCAACAGCUGAGAAAGCCCGGCCUGUCCGAGCCGCUACCACGACACCCACCUCGGCUCAUUUAAGCUCCACCCCUCUGUCCAGCUCCGCCCCCAAGGCCUUUUAUGGGAAGAGCAGACCAACCGGCUGGCAGAACGACGACAACAGUCUGUCGCCUUCAAACGCAACCACGACACCCAUCUCUGACAGCAGCAAGAGCAAGAAGCAGGUGGAUACAAACUCAAAGAACGUGUUUGGACAACCUCGGCUCCGGGCCUCACUGAGGGAUCUGCGUUCUCCGAGACGGACUUACAAAAGCACCGUCGAAGACGACCUUAAGAAACUGAUCAUCAUGGACAACCUGGGAGACACGCCACAAAGAGAUCCGUCUCCCAGGCGAACCUUGCAGCGCACCUUCUCAGAUGAGUCGCUGUGCAGCGGCCGCAGAGAGGCCAGCUUCGCCAACUCCGAGAACCCGAUGACGCCCACUGACGUUCUGUUCACCUGCACGCUGCCCACACGCAGACACGGCAUCUCCAACCAAAUGCAGGGCAAGAAGGUGCCUCUGUCCGCCUCAGAGCUGUCUCUCACAGAAGUCAGAGACAAAGUUCCCCCCCUGAGGAGGCUCGAUCCCGGGCUGAUGCCUCUUCCUGACACAGCCUGUGGGCUGGAGUGGUCCAGCCUGGUCAACGCUGCCAAAGCCUACGAAGGUGAGGCGGGAGACACUUCAGGAUUAGCACAAAGAGCCGUUUCCCUCUUCUCGCUGAAUGAGCCACAGGUCGGAGGUCCGGACAUGAGAGCAGUCGUCAGUCCAGUCCAGUUUCAGACUCCUCAGACACCACGCACCACACCGACCUUCAGCGGCGACGAGGUGCCCAACGAAUUGUCUGGUCGGCUCUUCCACCUGGAAGUGAUGUUGAAACAGCUCAACAAUGAUCUGGAGAAAGAGAAGAAGGAUAAAGUCAUUCUGCUGGCAGAGAUGGCCAACCUGAGAGAGAAUAACCAGCGCUUGCAGGUGGAGAGCGUCACAGCCAGUGAGCAGCUGCGCAAGUUCAACACUCUUUUUACUGACAACGGCCAGACAGAGAGUGAGCACGAGGCUCACUCCUUAACACACGACAGUGACUCGAGGAGGGAGUGAUGCCUGCAGAAGAAGAAGAAGAAGAAGAAGAGAGGCCACAGAGGAAGGGCCGGCGGUGAGAGUACCCAUGAUUCCUUGCACGCGCAGCGGCGGCAGAGGUCACAAUGAUGUCACCUCACUCAGCUUCCACUGGACUGCCUUAAACUGUAGAGAGAGCAAAAAACAAGACCGUUGAUUUUUAAAUUCAUCACUCCCCGAAAGUCCCACCCAGCCUGCACACAGAGACCCUCCCUCUCUAAUCUCUGAGCCUGUUUAUUUUUAUAGACUGAAGUCAGAAAGUCUUACACACUUGUCAUAUAUAUAUAUGUAUAUAUAUAUAUAUAUAUAUAUAUAUAUGUGUGUGUAUAAACAUAUGCUACUAUGCCAGAGGAGCGAGUAGGAGAGGAAACUGUUUUAGAGAACGCCACAUCACCUGGAGAGGCCUAAUACUGUUCCUGCAGCGAAUCAGCCAAAAAAAAAGACUCAUUACAGACAGCAUCUCCCAGAAUGCACUAGAAGUAAUGGAAGCUCUACAGACAUGGUACAGUAGAUAGAUGCCUGUGUGGUACAAUUCUCAUGUAUCAAUAUUACCCAUAUUGUACUCAUAUUGUCGUACUAAAGGUGUGUGUGUGUGUGUGUGUGUGUGUGUGUGUGUGUGUGUG